GUUAUCAUGAUUACGCAGACGGUUCUAAACACAGAACGACACAACGUUUACAGCUAGUUGCGAAGUGUAUGGUAUUGUGUUGUGUGACGGCACCGAAAUGGUGUUCUUCUUUCAGCUUCUGUUCUCCACAAUAUCUAUGAUUACGACCAUAUUGUCAGCUAAGGAAUGCAUGGAUGGCCAGUUCUCUCCUGACCCAACCGACUGUGCCAGAUACUACGAGUGCAACCACGGAAAGCUGAUUCUGCGGGACUGCGGUCCAGGAACAUACUGGAACCCUGCCUACAACGUGUGUGACUGGCCUUAUAAUGUCGACUGUAAACCUUGGUCUUCAGACAGCACGGAAUCUGGACCACCACACGUUGAGUUUGAUAAACACUGGUAGUUCGUCAUUUCUACAGAGGAAUAUUCGACCGUUAUCAACCGAAUCUACUAUUCAUUAAGUAUUUAUAUGCAGAUAAAAGUUAAUAUGAAAGAAAUACUUCACUACAAUUUUGUUUGUAUUGAGCAUCACUUUCUUCUAUAUUUACAUAAAAUGUUGUAUGCAAUUCAACAAUCAGAUACAUUUAUAUAUAUAUUUUUUUAAUUAAUUUUAUUCCAUUACAUCCCAACAUCAAAUAUGAGUUUUAAUAGAACCGAAAUCCCUAUCUUUCAGUGAUGGUUGACGUAAUGGAAAUAAGUUUUAAUUUUAAUAUUUCGGUGAAUAAUGCUUACUAGUAUAAACCAAUAAUAAAUACAAUCGAUAAAACACA